CUGUUUUCAGGCAAUCAGGGUUUCUUUGUUUCUCAGCCUACCUUUAGUUGUAUUUACACAAGAGUCAAUUUCUGAUACAACCCCUGGUUGGCAGUGUUUCUGUAUUGAUAUCUGGGAGUUGAUUUUCAUAUGGAGUAAACUUCAGCUUAAGUCUAAUCCUUCAAAACAAGUUUUUGUAGAUCAAUGCUACCAGCUUUUAAGAACAGCAACUAAUGUGAGAGUCAUAUUUCCUUUCAUGAAAAUCAUUAAAGAUGAGGUUGAAGAAGAAGGCUUACAAAUUUGUGUUGAAAUAUGUGGUUGUGCUCUACAACUAGACCUUCAUGAUGAUCCCAAAACUAAGUGUCUAAUUUAUAAAACAAUUGCACAUUUCUUGCCAAAUGAUUUGGAGAUCCUCAGGAUUUGUGCACUCUCAAUAUUUUUUCUUGAGCGCUCCUUGGAAGCUUAUCACACUGUUGAAGAGCUUUACAAAUGUCCAGAUGAAGAAUAUAAUGAAGGCACCAGUAGUGUUCAAAAUCGUGUUCGUUUUGAAUUACUUCCAAUUUUGAAAAAGGGAUUGUUUUUUGAUCCUGAAUUCUGGAACUUUGUAAUGAUUAAGAAAAACUGUGUAGCAUUACUGAGUGAUAAAUCAGCAAUCAAAUUUCUAAAUGAAAAUACACUGGAAAAUUCUAUAGGUAAUCUAAAAAAGACAUUGGAACAGAAAUGUUUAGAUGAAGGUGUUGACUCUUUUACAGAUCAAAGCACUGGAGAGCUUGAUCCUGAUGAUAUAUCUGGAGUACAACCUAAAGGCCAUGUUAACACAAAGAAAAACCUUACUGCUCUUAACACUUCUAAAGUAGACCACAGUGUCCCAAGGCAUCGAUGUAUGUUAUGUAAUAAGGAAUUUCUAGGUGGUCACAUUGUAAGGCAUGCCCAGGCUCAUCAGAAAAAGGGCAGUUUUUCCUGUGUUAUAUGUGGUAGGAAAUUUAGAAACAGAGGACUUAUGCAGAAGCAUUUAAAAAAUCAUGUUAAAAAAAUACAAAGACAUCAAAUUACUGUAGCUCAACAGGAGGAUCAGGAAACUCCUGCUUUGGAAGAAAUAAACUUUUCCAAUUCUUCAAUUUCAUUUGAAAACGGAGAUUUCAAUAAUAAAGAUUUGGAAAUACCGACUAGUAAUACUUCCAAUGAUGGAAACGAAGCAGUCAUCCCUGAGCAUGUGGCUGAAUUCACUGAAAUUCCCGUAAGUGUAUCAGAAGAUGUCAUUGAAAACAUUGAAAAUGGCAGUCCUGACACUUAUAUAAAUAAUGUAUUGGAACCUUUAAUUGUAUGUGAGGAUGAUUACGAGGAGGAAGAGGAUGAAGAAGGUGAUUAUGAAGAAGAUGAUUAUGACCUGAAUCAAGAAACUCCAGCACUUCAUAAAAUUAAUGGAACUUUGUGCCAUCCAAAAGACAUAUAUGAUAUAGAUCAAAAAGGAAACUUUAAGUGCCCUGCUCUUGGUUGUGUUAGGAUAUUUAAAAGAAUUGGAUUUCUCAAUAAACAUGCAAGGACUGCACAUCCAACUGACUUAAAUGUGCGACAAACGGUAAUGAAGUGGAGCAAAGGAAAAUGCAAAUUUUGUCAAAGGCAGUUUGAAGAUUCUCAGCAUUUUAUAGAUCACCUUAAUAGACACAGCUAUCCAAAUGUGUACUUUUGUUUGCAUUUUAACUGCAAUGAAUCGUUUAAGCUGCCAUUCCAGCUUGCUCAGCACACAAAAAGUCACAGAAUAUUUCAGGCCCAGUGUAGUUUUCCAGAAUGCCAUGAGCUUUUUGAAGAUCUUCCUCUGUUAUAUGAACAUGAAGCUCAGCACUAUUUAAGUAAAACACCAGAAUCAUCUGCACAACCAAGAGAAGCAGUUGCUUGGGAUGUUCUUACAGACUCAAAUAAUAGUUAUCAGGAAAAAGACUCAUCUAGUAAUGAGAAACAAGCUAUUAGCCUGCCAGUUUGUACUAGCAAAUCAAGGAAAGAUUCUACAGAACCAAAGACAUGUAUAGACAGUAUGGAAAAGAAGACAGACAGUUUAGUUCAGAAUGGAAAUGAACAUUCUGAUGACACUGUUUCUGAUAUAAGCUUGACAGACCAAAAGAUGCCUGACCUAGAGCCAAAUUCUGAAAAUAAUUGUAGUAUUAUUGAUUUAGUCAAUGGACACGGUGGAAUAGAACAGACAUCUUUAGUUUCAUCAGGUUCUGCUAUGAAAAUUGAUACAAAUAGAAUCAGAACAGAAAAUGGCUCCAUUUUACCCAAUGUUGUAUCACAAGAACACAGUACCCUGCCAGUAUCUCAGGCACCAUCCAAACCAAAUCUGAUGAGUGAACAUACUUCAUAUGGCUUAAUUUUAUCAAAGCCAUAUGUCAGACCAUUGCCUCCCAGUUACCUUGAUGAACGGUACCUUAGUAUGCCAAAACGCAGAAAAUUUCUGACUGAUAGAAUAGAUGCCUGUUCUGAUCAAGAUAACAUUUGUAAAAAAUCAGUGAAAAGAUUAAGAUGUGGCAAAUGCCUGACCACCUACUGUAAUGCAGAAGCACUUGAGGCUCACCGUGCACAAAAGAAAUGUCAGGCACUCUUUGGAUUUGAUUCAGAUGAUGAAAGUGCCUGAUAAAAAUGUAUCAGAAAGAUCUGUCGAUCAAGCAGUAGUGUGAAAAAAGCACUACAAGAAAAUGCAUCAUCCGUUUGCUAUUUCCCUGACGGCCUUAAUUUUAGAGUGGUCUAGGAUUAGUUAAAGACAAAGCACAUUGUCUAGAAUGAACUCACAGAGAUGUGCUAGUUCAGAUUCCAAAAGGGUUAUUACAAAACUCCCAAAGUACCAGUUAUCCAGAAAACCACAUUUUAAAAAAAAGUUCAUGAGAUUAAUAGCAGCACGUUCAGUUUCGCUUAAGUGAGAAACUUGUUCAGGCAACUAGUCAGAAAGAGAAACCAGCUAUGGCCUUACAGAAAGGGAGUUAAUCCAUUUGAAAAGGGGGAGGGAUUGGUUUACAAUAAACAACUUAAAGUAUUCUACAAAUGGGAUGGUUGACUUAUCAUGUAUAAUCAGAUUUUGACCUCCCUUCUGAUCAAACAUGGCUUAAGGAAUCACUACUAGGUUUAUUAUAAUUUAGAAACUGAUACAUGAAAAUAAAACUUGAUUUAUCACUGUUCUAUCCAUAAAAGAUUGUAACUUGUUCCAGAUGAUUGAAUAGACAGGUCAAAGUUCAAUGUAUGGCAUGCCAGUAUUUAAAACUAAAAAACCAAAAGACAAAACAGUGCUUUGCUGGAACCUUCCACUUUCCAUUUUUGUGAUACCAAUGAAUUAUAAAGGCAGCAGUGUCAAUUAAAUAGAAGAAGUACCAUUGGUAACUUUGGGGAUAGAUGGGAAGAAUUUUAAGACCAUUAAAGGCUAUCUAGUUGGUGGAAAACACUGAUUGCAAAUUCCUCAAUGUGAAUAAUGGUAUAAGCACACUGGGAUAUUUCUAUUUGUAUAUAGAGUAGUGUUGGGACAUUGCUUGAUGAUUCAUAGUAAGGUCCUUUAGACAUUAAUGUGAGUUAUCUAAGUACAGUCCUAUAAAAACUGGCUGUAAAAAAUAUGUAAGCUAAGAAUCAGGUCAAGAACACUUUGGUUUUAUUCAUUUAGAAUAGUUAGUUAUAAAAUAAGCCAUACUACUCAUGCUUUCUUAUUUAUUAGUGAUAGAUUUGGUCUGAUUGAUGAUUUUUAUAUAUAUAUGAAAGGAAAUAUUUACAUAAAAAUUUGCACAGCAAGAACACAGUAAGAUAUAUUGAUGCAUUUAUUUUCCUUGAUGACCAGUAAUUUUCCUAAGGAAGAUUUUAACUUAAUAAAUUAAUACAAAAAAAAUGUUUUUAAAAAUACCCUCUCAGAUGUGUUCUACUUGUACAUUCUCUAAAAGAGGAAAACUAAAGACCUUUACCUAAUAAUGUGUUAAUCUAUAGCAGGGAUAAAAUGAAAAAUGCAAAGGCAAAUUCUUCAAAAACUGGGCUAGUAAUGUACCAAUGUCAACCAAAUAAAUAUUCCAGUAUUCCAACUGACACAUUUUUGUUCAAAGCAGAUAAUCUGAUCAGAGCCUACUAUAUCCAUAUAUUUUGAAUGUUAAACUUUGGCAUAUUAACGUUUCUUGAAUGAAGUUACCAAGCAAGUGGGACACUUCUUCCAGGGCAUCAUCUAGACCAGUGAUGGCGAACCUAUGACACACGUGUCAGAACUCAUUGUUUUGGUUGAUUUUUCUUUGUU